AUGUUUCUUUUCGAUUGGUUCUGGUCAAUUUUAAGUGCUCUUGGAUUGUAUCAAAAGUCUGGAAAGAUUUUGUUUUUAGGUCUGGAUAAUGCUGGUAAGACAACGUUAUUGCACAUGUUGAAGAGUGAAAAGCUUGGAACCUACUCACCAACUCAACAUCCAAACGUCGAAGAGCUCACAAUGGGCAGCAUUAAUUUUAAGACUAUUGAUCUUGGUGGUCACGAGUUAGCUAGAAGAUUGUGGAAGGAUUACUUUACAUCAGACGUUAGUGCUGUAGUCUUCCUGGUAGACGCAGCUGAUGCAGGACGUUUUCCAGAAGCUAGCAAAGAAUUACACGGACUUCUCCAAUUCGAAGACUUACAAAAGGUCCCAUUCUUAGUUUUGGGAAACAAAAUCGACAAGCCAGGUGCUGUCAACGAUACUCAAUUAGCUUACCAAUUGAGAAUUGACGGAUUAUUAACAGGAAAGCAACAUGGAGUUGAAAAGGAUGGUCGUCGCCCAUUGGAAAUUUUCAUGUGCAGCAUAGUGAAUCAAAUGGGUUAUGGAGAAGGAUUCCAGUGGCUCUCAUCUAAAUUCUAA